AAAAGAGCUCAACUUACUAAAUAUUUGGAUUAUGAUUAUAUUAUUGAAGAUCAUAAACACGAGGAUAUCAAAAUAUUUAAUAAAUUUCUAGUUGAUAAAUAUGAAAAGGAUUAUAUCGAUAGGAAAGUUGAUAAGAUUAGAUUUCUUUCUCUAUAUAAGAUUGUUUUUGUAAAUCCUCUUCUCGAAACUACAAUUGAUUGUAAAAAAAAUGAAAUAGAAAAGGCGAGAAAUGUCCUAUUCAAUAUUUAA